UCCAGCAGGGUAUCGUAGUCUAAAUAAAUUUCACUUACAAUCGGAUCAAAUGGACCCCGGCGUAAUUCGAAAACUUGACGAAGUGGUGGUGAAUCGAAUAGCUGCCGGAGAAAUCAUCCAACGACCCGCAAAUGCUCUGAAAGAAAUGAUUGAGAACAGUUUGGACGCUAAAUCAACGAGCAUUCAGGUGGUUAUCAAAGUUGGUGGGCUGAAGUCCUUGCAGAUCCAAGACAACGGAACCGGAAUUCGCCGGGAAGAUUUGGAAAUCGUAUGUGAACGGUUUACUACGUCGAAGCUACAAACAUUUGAAGAUCUGUCUUCCAUAGCAACGUACGGAUUCCGGGGAGAAGCACUGGCAAGUAUCAGUCAUGUUGCACGUCUGACGAUAACUACCAAAACCAAGGAUGAAAAAUGUGCGUUCAAAGGAGUGUAUGAGGAUGGUAAACUGAAGGGAGCUAUCAAGCCUUGUGCGAGUAAUCAGGGUACACAAAUUAUUGUUGAAGAUUUGUUCUAUAACGUUCCUAUGAGAAAGCAGGCUCUCAAAGCUCCCAAUGAAGAGUUUCAGAAAAUUUUGGACGUAGUUAGUAAGUACGCAGUACACAAUCCGCAGACUGGUUUCAUGCUCAAAAAGUUUGGAGAUAAUGCAAAUAUUCGAACGCAAGCCAAAUCAACCGUUGUAAAUAACAUUAAAAUGAUCUACGGUUCAUCUAUUGGUAAAUCACUGUUGAAAAUUGAUAUAGACGAUGAUAUCCUACAAUUGCAAGUCAACGGAUAUAUUACCAACGUAAACUUUUCGCUGAAGAAAGGCUUAUUUCUAUUGUUCAUCAACCAUAGAGCGGUGGAAUCCAGCAACAUUAAGAAAGCUAUCGAUCAAAUCUACUCCCUCUACCUACCGAAAGGCAUGGCACCGUUCGUAUAUCUUUCCAUCGAGUUAAACCCCAACAAUGUUGACGUCAAUGUGCAUCCAACAAAGCACGAAGUUCAUUUCCUUCACGAAGAAGAAAUCAUCGAGAAAAUUAGAGACGCUGCGGAACGUAUACUACUUGGCGGGAAUGCAUCCCGGACGUUCUACACUCAAGCACUACUACCCGGAGCACCCGAUCCUGUAGAGACGACUAAAUCGAACGAAUCGACUGCUGAGAAAUCUAAAUUGGAUUACAAAUUCGUUCGAACUUCCCACACCGAUCAGAAAUUGGAUAAGUUUUUCGGGAUGAACGUCUCGAGGAAUGCCAGCAUUAACGAAAGCUCAACCAACUGUGGAGAGUUAGGACCUUUGCUUACUCCAAAAAGGCAGACAAAUCUUAAAGAAACCAAAUUAAACAGCGUGCUGAAUAUACGUAAGGCGGUGGAAGAUGAUUGCGACCGAAACUUGCGAACAAUUCUCAGUGAAUUAACUUUCGUAGGAGUGAUCGAUCGCUACCAGGCGGUCAUCCAGUACGAUACAAAAAUGUUUCUUGUCGCUAUCAGGACUCUGUUUGAAGAACUGUGCUAUCAGAUGCUGAUGUUCAACUUUGAAAAUCUGGACUGCAUAACAUUCACGAACCCUUUGCCUCUAACGGAGCUGGCAGUACUUGCCUUACAGCACGUCGACAGCGGUUGGACCGAAGACGAUGGUCCAAUGGAUGAACUCGCCGAAAGAAUAGUGGAAAUAUUAAUCGGUAAAGCACCACUUAUGAGAGAAUAUUUCAAUUUCUGCAUCACUGACGAAGGUAUGUUGGUAUCCAUCCCUAUCAUUGUCGACGAUUAUAUUCCCUCGAUGGCUUAUCUUCCGAUGCUCAUACUCCGUCUCGCAACUGAAGUGGAAUGGGAUGAGGAGAAAGAAUGUUUUCACACUUUUUGCAAAGAAAUGGCACGAUUUUAUGCAAAAAUUUCCCUGACAAAAAGUGAUCAAGAAUACAAAUGGGAAGUGGAACAUGCCAUCUUUCCGGCCUUUAAACAGUAUCUGCUGCCUCCAAAAUCGUUCGCAAGGAAUGGAUCGCUUUUGCAAAUAGCCAAUCUACCGGAUCUGUACCGCGUUUUUGAAAGAUGUUGAUCACAAUCAUUAA